GCGGCCUCUAGUGGACAAGUGACAGCCCCAGAGAGAGAAUGGCGUCCCCGUCCCCGUGGUCCCCGGCCCUGCGCGUGCUGGCGCUGGGCCUCGCGCUGCUGGUGCCGCUGGCCGCGUGCGCGCCCACAGCCUCGCGGGGACCCUUCUCCCUGGACGACUUCAUCAACGCCAAGUUCACGACCAGGUCUUUCAAGGGGACUUGGGUUGCCGACAACACCUUGCGGUUUUUCAAUUCGACAACGAAGGAAGCAGUCUUGUACAACCUGGAGAACCAAUCAACGACGGUUUUGGUGCCCCGCGAAGUCCUGAGAAAGUACACGGAUAGCUCUAUUGACUCGUACUCCAAAGACGGCCGGCUGGCCGCCAUCGCGUACGACACAACCAAGCUCUACAGACAUUCCACGACGUCCAGAUUUGUAAUUUACGAUACGCAGACUGGAGCGACUUCCCCAGUGCACGGAGCCACUCCGCUGCGGACCCUGGUGUGGGCGGGCCAGCACUCCAUCGUGUGGGUGCAGGGCAGCGACGUGUUCUACCGCAAGGACGCCAUGACCGCUGGGCCCGAUGUACAAAUCACGACCACCGGCGAGGAUGGCAUCAUCUUCAACGGCAUCCCGGACUGGGUCUACGAAGAGGAGGUUCUGGCGUCUGGCUCGGCCCUGUGGCCUUCCCCCGACGGCCGCAUGCUGGCCUUCGCCUCCUUCAACGACACCUUCGUCAACCACACCUUCUACUUCAAGUAUGGCGGCGAGAGCGGGCAGGAGACGCCGCAGUACCCCACGCUCGUCAACAUCACGUACCCCAAGGCUGGCACCCCGAACCCCGACGUCCACCUGAUGCUCGUGGACCUGGACAAGGUGGCCCAGACCAGCACCGUGGACCUCAUCGACAUCCUGCCGCCCGCCGAAGUGACCAGUGACCACAUUCUAUACGGCUGCUUCUGGACUGCGAACCGCCUUCUGGCUUCGUGGACCAAUCGAGUGCAGAACAUCAACAUCAUUUCCAGCUACGACAUGAACGGCCAACACCAGAAACAGGCGUGGAACCUGACCGAGGAAGCGGGUUGGGUGGACCCGCCCGUGCUGCAGAUGCACUCGACCGGGCGGCGCGCGGCGGCCAUCCUGCCGAAGGACGACUACCCCCACCUCGCCGUGCUCACGUUCGCCGACGACGACACCGCCGACACCGCCGUCAGCUACCUCAGCAAGGGCGACGCCACCGUGCUCAGCAUCCUGGGCUGGGACGAAGCGCGGGGCCACCUGUACUACGUCCAGACGCUCCCCGAGGACCCCGCCAAGCGCCACGUGUACCGCGUCGAGGUGCCCGGCGAGGACAACAACCAGGUCGCCAGCGAGCCGGCCUGCCUGACGUGCCACAUCAAGUCCCCGGAGAGGAACGACUGCACGUACGGCGACGGCUCCUUCAGCACCAGCUUCACCUACGCCGCGCUCUACUGCCUCGGCCCGGACCCCGCCUUCUACGGGCUGUACCGCCUGCAGACGGCCUCGGUGCCCGAGCACAUCAUGACCUGGGACGACAACUCCGAGGUGCGCGCGCUGCUGUGGACGCGGCAGCGCCCCGAGUACAUCGACGAGUGGUACCCGGUGGAGGGCGGCUUCCAGGCGCGCGUGCGGCUCAUGCUGCCGCAGGGCAUGGACAAGAGCGGCGCCACCAAGUACCCGCUGCUGGUCUACGUGUACGCGGGCCCGGACUCGAACCAGGUGACGACGGCCUUCUCCGUGGCGUUCGGCGACUACCUGUGCACCAACCGGAAGAUCAUCUACGCCCUGAUUGACGGCCGAGGCUCGGGCCGCAACGGCAGGAAGAAGAUGCACGCCUUGUACAGGCACCUGGGCACCGUGGAGAUCCAGGACCAGAUCGCCGUCGCCGACCAGGUGAAGAACAAGUGGAAGUUCGUGGACCCCGCCCGCACCGCCAUCUGGGGCUGGAGCUACGGUGGCUUCUCCACCGCGCACGCCAUGGCGCAGGACACCGGCGGCGUCUUCUGCUGCGGCCUGUCCGUCGCCCCCGUCACCAGCUUCAUCUACUACGACACGAUCUACACGGAGCGCUACAUGGGGCUGCCGACCGCGGAGGACAACCUGGGCGGCUACAACGGCACGGACGUGACGCGCAGGGUGGACAACUUCCGGAACAAGAAGUACAUGCUGAUCCACGGCAACGCGGACGACAACGUGCACUACCAGCAGUCCAUGGAGCUGUCGCGCGCCCUGGAGGAGAAGGACAUCAUGUUCCAGCAGCAGAGCUACCCGGACGAGGCCCACGCACUGGCGGGCGUCAAGAAGCACGUGUACCACACCAUGGACGACUUCUGGACGCGCGCCUUCAAGCUGCCCAAGCCCGACUGGGCCAACGAGCUGUGAGGUGUAGGUUCACCACCUUGUGCCAAAGAUUGUACCUGUCCCUUCAGUGUUGACUGAAAACAAAAGUCAGACAACACUUAUUUUGUACGAACGUUUCACAGUAUGUUAAUUUAUCAUAAGAAAGGGGAGGAAAGACUAGUAAAGACAAAAAAAUAGAGAAAACUAACUGAAAUAAAACACGAAAAUACGAAGAGGGCA